UCUAACCGGUUGUAGAACCCUUAAUUAGACAUACAAUGUGUACAUCCGGUAGCUGACCUUGUCGAAUAUAUUCAGCUGUGAUAUUUUGAGAUCAUGGCUGUUAAAGAGUCAUCUAAUUGGAAUCCCUGGGAACUCUUCAGAGAAUCCCCAAAGGAUCUAAAAAAUACUGAAAAUAGGAAGGCACUGCGCACUGUUGCACGAGCUGAAUGGGUUAAAAAGAAGACAUCUCCUUAUUCCAGUGGCACUGGUUACAUUUUUGAUCCAUCAGUGCAAAGACACAUUGCAGCAAGAGUGACGAGAUUUCAACACUUUUCAGUCACAAACAACUCAAUUUCCAAAGUGUUUCUCCUGUACAUACUGCCGAUUUCUCUUACUUGUUAUGUGUGCCACAAAUAUCGGGUUUGGUAUGUCAACGGUAUUGAUUCAGGAGAAAUUCCACCGUCCAAACAGCCCAAUAAAUUCAUGUGGUAGACUAAGUGUAUCUACUCAUUAAAUGACAGUGAAGUGAGCAAUUUAGGUGGAAUAAUCAAUUCGACUGGAGGAACACUUUUUUCAGAUUUUGUUUUAAGUGGAUGCAGCUAUCCUAUUAAAUGUAUGAAUAAAAGAUAUGCAUGUGUUCACUGCUA